AUGGAUAUGGUUGUCUACACCACGACACCAUUUAUGAAGCUCGUUAUACGUGAUGGAUUCUUAUACUUUUUCGCAAUACUUGCUGCUAUGCUUUUCAACCUAAUUGUCUGGAAGGAUGAGAGACAAACGUUAGCUGCACUCCCAUACUGGAGCGUCUGGGCUAUUACGACUCACGCUCUCUUGCGAAUGCUGUUAUCCAUGAGAAGUGUCCAGACUUCAGAGGAGUGGGGACAGCAUGCCAAAAUCGCCAUACCCAAGGUCGACAUAGAAUUAGCUGUACUUCACGAGCCCAAAGAAGUUACCAAGUGGCAGUAUUCUUGGAUGAAGAGCUGA